UUUAGAACAGCACGAACUAACGGUUUCCACACAAAUGAGAUGUUAUCCCGCCACCAACCUAUGCUUUCUUUUUCUCCAUUUUCUCUUCGUCCAUUCUUCUCCAUAUUUCCCAAUUUCUACUCUCAACUACCAUGCAAAUUCAACCAUCUCAAUUUCCUCACCAAACCCAUUUUCAACAAUCACAAGUUACUUUCUGCAAAUUUGAGUUUUUCUGCAUUACACUAUGCACACAGUAAUGAUGAACUUCCGGAGAAGGCGAAUGAAAGGGAUGAUGCAAAUGCAAGUGGAAUUAGUUUCUUGUAUCUCAUGGAACAACGCGGUGUUCGUGCAAAUUCUCAAACUUUUUUGUGGUUAUUAGAUGACUGUUUGAAUUCCAGGUCGUCGUUUUCUGAUGGUUUGAAGCUUCAUGGGAAGAUUCUUAAGAUGGGUUUUGUUGAUGAAGUGGUUUUGUGUGAACGUCUUAUGGAAUUUUAUCUUGCAUUUGGUGAUUUGAAUUGUGCAGUUAAGGUGUUUGAUGAAAUGCCUGUUAGAACUUUGUCUUGUUGGAAUAGGAUUUUAGAGAGGUUGGUUGUGGAGAGGUUGAUGGGUCGUAUUCCGGGUUUGUUUCAGCGGAUGAUUAAGGAAAAGGUGGAGCCUAAUGAGAAGAUUUUUUCUAUGGUUUUGAGGGGUUGUAGUGGUAAUGUAGUUCCUUUUCACUUUGUGGAGCAAAUUCAUGCUAUGAUUGUAACUCGUGGUUUUGAAAGUAGUCCUUUUAUAUGUAAUCCUUUGAUUGAUCUCUAUUUUAAAAAUGGUUUCCUGAAUUCUGCUAAGAAGGUUUUUGGAAAUUUAAAGGCGAGGGAUAGUGUUUCUUGGGUGGCUAUGAUAUCUGGCUUAUCGCAAAAUGGGUAUCAAGAAGAAGCAAUGCUUCUGUUUUGUCAGAUGCACACGUCAGGAAUCUGCCCCACCCCGUAUAUUUUUUCGAGUGUGCUAAGUGCCUGUACAAAAGUAGAGUUUUUUAAGCUUGGGAAGCAGCUCCAUGGACUUAUUUUGAAGCAGGGAUUCUCUUCCGAAACAUAUUCAGUUUACAAUGCACUUGUGACAUUAUAUUCACGUUCGGGUAAUUUGAUAUCUGCAGUGCAGGUUUUUAAUUCAAUGUCGCAGAGGGAUAGCGUUUCCUAUAACUCACUCAUUUCGGGUCUAGCUCAACAAGGAUAUAGUGAUAGAGCUUUAGCGUUGUUUAAGAAAAUGCAUCUUGAUUGCCAAAAGCCUGACUGUGUUACGAUUGCAAGUCUUUUGAGUGCCUGUGCAUCAGCUACAGCUCUUCUGAGUGGAAAGCAAUUCCACUCGUAUGCAAUAAAGGCUGGAAUGACUUCAGACAUCGUCGUUGAAGGUUCACUUCUUGAUCUUUAUGUAAAAUGCUCGGAUAUAAAAGCCGCCCAUGAUUUUUUCCUUGCAUCUGAAACUGAAAAUGUGGUGAUGUGGAAUAUGAUACUUGUAGCUUAUGGUCAGUUAGAGAAUUUAGACAAAUUAUUUGAAAUAUUUACACAGAUGCAGAUUGAAGGCAUUGUACCUAAUCAAUUCACCUAUCCACGUAUUUUGAAAACUUGCACUACUUUGGGAGCUCUUGAUCUAGGAGAACAGAUUCAUACUCAAGUACUGAAAACUGGAUUUCAGUUCAAUGUGUAUGUCUCUAGUGUGCUUAUUGACAUGUAUGCUAAACAUGGAAAACUAGAUGCUGCCCUGAAAAUUUUUAGAAGACUAAAAGAAAAUGAUGUUGUUUCGUGGACAGCUAUGAUUGCUGGGUAUACACUACAUGAUAAGUUUGCUGAAGCUCUUAACCUUUUUAAAGAAAUGCAAGAUCAAGGGAUACAAUCUGAUAAUAUAGGAUUCGCAAGUGCAAUAAGUGCAUGCGCAGGUAUCCAAGCACUUGAUCAAGGACGGCAGAUUCACGCACAGUCAUAUCUAUCUGGUUAUUCAGAUGAUCUUUCAAUUGGUAAUGCACUUGUUAGUCUUUAUGCUAGGUGUGGGAAAGUACGAGAAGCCUACUUUGCUUUUGAUCAAAUAUUUGCCAAAGAUAAUAUAUCAUGGAACUCAUUGAUAUCUGGUUUUGCACAAAGUGGACAUUUUGAGGAAUCACUGAAUAUAUUCACUCAAAUGAAUAAAGCUGGAAUAGAAGUUAAUUCAUUCACUUUUGGCUCUGCUAUUAGUGCUGCUGCCAAUGUUGCUAAUGUUAGACUAGGGAAGCAGAUUCAUGCCAUGAUUAGAAAAACUGGCUAUGAUUACGAAACCGAGGUUUCUAAUGCUUUGAUCACUCUAUAUGCAAAAUGUGGUUGUAUUGAUGAUGCCGAGAGACAAUUCUUUGAAAUGCCUGACAAAAAUGAAAUUUCUUGGAAUGCCAUGAUUACUGGUUAUUCCCAGCACGGCCGUGGAUUUGAAGCACUAAGGCUUUUUGAGGAUAUGAAACAGCUUGGUUUAUUGCCAAACCAUGUCACAUUUGUGGGAGUUUUAUCAGCAUGUAGCCAUGUCGGUUUGGUGGAUGAGGGAAUUAGCUACUUCCAAUCAAUGACUGAAGCUCAUAACUUGGUGCCAAAACCUGAACAUUAUGCAUGCGUUGUGGAUCUUCUUGGACGGUCCGGUCUUUUAAGUCGUGCAAGGAGAUUUGUUGAGGAAAUGCCAAUUCAACCAGAUGCAAUGGUGUGGAGGACCCUUUUAAGUGCUUGUAAUGUUCAUAAGAAUCUUGAUAUUGGAGAGUUUGCUGCAAGUCAUCUUCUGGAAUUGGAACCAAAAGAUUCAGCAACAUAUGUUCUGCUUUCAAAUAUGUAUGCAGUGUCUGGGAAAUGGGGUUGUAGGGAUCGGACGAGGCAAAUGAUGAGAGAUCAAGGUGUUAAGAAAGAGCCUGGCCGUAGCUGGAUUGAGGUUAAUAAUUCAGUUCAUGCUUUUUUUGCUGGUGAUCAAAAUCAUCCACGCGCGGAUAUGAUAUAUGAAUAUAUCAGAGAUCUGGAUUUUCGGGCAGCUGAAAAAGGUUAUGUACCACAGUACAACAGCCUUCUCAGUGAUGCAGAAAUACGUCAGAAGGAUCCAAAAGAGACCAUUCAUAGUGAGAAACUGGCUAUUGCUUUUGGGUUGCUCAGUUUGUCUAGCUCAACUCCUAUUUAUGUUUUUAAAAAUCUUCGUGUUUGUGGGGAUUGCCACAAUUGGAUUAAGCAUGUCUCUGAAAUAUCAAAUCGAGCAAUCAUAGUGAGAGAUUCAUAUCGCUUUCAUCAUUUCAAAGUCGGUAUUUGUUCGUGUAAAGAUUAUUGGUAAGAUGGAAGAAGGUUGGCCAAAAUGAAUGGAUCCCUCAAGACUUGUGGUGUGGACCAUAAUUUGUGACAAGCGUGGAAGAUGGUUUUAUUGGUCAGCCAUGCCUGUGCCCCACGUGAACAUAGAUGAGCACCGGCUUUGAAGGGAGUUACAAUGUCACCAUUAACAUGCAACAGCUUGACGCAGUCUGGUUUGGUGUUGGUUAGUGCGAGGGACUCUAAAGGUGACAAGAUGGACAGUGCAAUUCGGAAGGAACGGAAAGAAUGAUGGAUUUGUGCUACCUUGUAACGAGAGUAACCUCUGGUUGCUCAUUUCUGUAAAGCUUCAAUAGGUCUUUUUCAGCAUGCCUAUGUAUAAUGUAUCUUUCUACUCAAUUGCUAGAAUUUUUUUUCAUUUUGGUUUGAGUUGGAAUAUUAUUUUCUUUAUAGCUUUUUAGUUCCAUAGAAGUUUCAAAUUGGUCAUUAAUAACUUAUUUUGGUACAGAGUAAGCAAGGUUCUACAACACAAGAAUCUAUGAGAACAGUUUAAUUUUAGUUGCAUCUGGGGAUGAGCAGAUCCAAUAGAAUGAAAUGCUUGAUUUCCUUUAUGUCAUAUGUGUGCAUUAUUUGACUCCACUUAUCUUAUUGCAUUACCAAUAUUAAAAACUCACUGGCCUCUGCAUGAAAGACAUGAUCUGUCAAUUGAUGUUUGAAGGUCAUGUGCACGUUGUGUUUUGUUUUCUUUAUAAGCAGCAGCGGUAUGGAUUAAUGUUUUUCGGUCAUAUGAAAGAAAUGUGCUCAGAACAUCCAAUCAAGGGAUUGCAAGAAAUUGAGUAUAAUCAAGUUUUGUAUAGUUUUGACUUUUGUCCUAUACACUUGCCUAACCUUUUAAAAUCUUUGGUUGAACACAUGUAGGGUGCUUUUACAUUUCAGAAAUUUUACAUAUUCUUAAUCCUUACAAAACCUCAUAAAAAAUGUUAUGCAUUUUUCCUGUGGAUGCCUAAUAUGGUUACCAUACAUAGAUUUGUUUUAUCAACUAUUAUAUAUUUUUUUUCUUUAAUGAAAAAAUAUAUAUUCUCUGCUAUUUCCUUGUAGAUAUAUGGUAUAGAUAACAUUUACUUUGACAUUUAUGUUUUGCAGCCAUGAUAUUAUACCUUUUCCUGUGUUAUGGUUGAAGACAAUGGUGGUUGGUGAAAAGACAGAGAAAGGGAUGAUAUGGGAGACCUUUUCAUUUUUCACGGGGCUGAAAAAAGAUAGACAUCUCUUAAUUGACCUCCAGAUUGCUGCCGAGUAUUUUGGUGAUUCCUGUGAAGAGUUGAUUUGUAAGUAAGGAAAAGCUUAUAAAUUAUCUGACAAGUAUUUUUCCAUUCUCAAAUGUAUUUUGGUCACAGAGAUCAGAGAUAAAAGAGAGCUACAUAGGUGACUUCUUUCCAAAUGUACUGAAAAUUAAUUAAUUAAUAAUUCUCUUAUACAACUGAAUUAACAUACAAGCUAUUUAAACUGUGUAAAAGCUACCUAACUAACCAACUAACAUAGUCAUAAUUAUGAUCCUUUAUCCAGUAAUGAAUCAUGGUGUAGAUUUAUCCAUGUCUUUUGAUGUUUAUCUUAUUAAUGAAGUUAUUUUCUUCAUGUUUUGAUGCUGUAAAUUUCGUGUUUCUGCAUUGCAAUGCAGAGGCAAGCAGACAUUGAAAUGGAAUUACUAUUUGUUUGUGCUUGCAAUAUGAAAAAUAGUCAUAGUCUUGAAAUGUCUGAUAAUGAGGAAGAGGAAAUUGUUAGUCAAGCUAGGGAAAUUCCACCGGCACCACUAUUUGCUCAAAAUGCACAAGAACUAGAAGUGUCAUCUAAACCAAAGGCAAAUGGCGAGAAGCAUAAGGAUAAGGAUAAGGAGGGUGAGCGUAAGUCUAAGGCCCUAACAUCUUACAUGUGGCUAUAUUUUGUUAAGGUUGGUAUUGUAGAUGGAAAAAGAAUGUUGUAAAUGUAAUGGAUGUGGAAAAUUACUGAGUUGUAAAUCAUCUGGUGGAACUACUCAUUUACAAUGUCAUAAAGAUAGUUAUAGGAAGAUUGCUAAAUAUUGUGAUA